UGAGACGGACCUGCAGCACUUAAAAACUCGGAUCAGCUGACUCAGGUUAAGUUUGGACCUGGAUCUCACCCGUUCAGGACUUCCCUCUGCGGAUCAAUAAUCAGCUGAUCGAUACUCUGAUCAACAUGCCUUUUAUCGAGCACCUUUCGGACCAGGACCUGGAGCGCCUGGCUCUGGACCGGGUCGUCCCGGCGCUGCUGUCCCAGGGCUUCUACCACCUGGACGGGCUGCUGGGGGAGCUGGCGGGCGGAGCGGUGCGGGACCAGGUGGAGGAGCUGCACCGGGCCGGGGCGCUGCAGGACGGCCGCCUGGCGAGCACCGCGCCCGGCAUCCACCGCAGCAGCAUCCGCGGGGACAAGAUUACCUGGGUGAGCGGCUCGGAGCGGGGAUGCGAGGCAGUCAGCUUCCUGCUCGGCCUCCUGGACAGACUCAUCUCCGUGUGUGCCGGCAGGCUGGCGGGCAAGAUCCGGGAGAGGUCCAAGGCCAUGGUGGCGUGUUACCCUGGAAACGGCGCCGGCUACGUCAAACACGUGGACAAUCCCAACGGAGACGGACGCUGCAUCACCUGCAUCUACUAUCUGAACAAGAACUGGAACCACACGCACGGUGGCGUCCUCAGGAUCUUUCCAGAAGGAAAAUCAUACGUCGUUGAUGUCCAGCCGCUGUUUGAUCGACUGCUGCUGUUCUGGUCUGACCGCAGGAAUCCUCAUGAGGUGCAGCCAUCCUACAGCACCAGGUAUGCCAUCACUGUUUGGUACUUCAACUGUGAGGAGCGAGCAGAAGCUAAGAGGCGCUUCAGGAAGCAGACAGCCUCCAGCAGCUCCAGCUGAUCAGUUGGAUGAUGUUCAAACGGCGCCCCCUGCUGUUUGAUUCUCCACGUUACAGCCGAUUCCGUCUGGAGAAGCUGAAGGAAAAGCAGAAAAAAAGAAGCUGGCCUGAGAGCCGACUCAAGCUGAGGACUGAAAGCUUCCAGUCACCAGAAACUCCAGACUUUCCUGCUUUCUGCGACGUUCCUGCUGCAGCAACGGAGCAUUUCUAAGACUUUCAGGUUUACAGAGAAACACAAAGCUCCACGUCUGGUUUUCUACUUUCAUACAUUCUGGAAAAACCUUCAGCACAAGAAAAGGAGCAGAAAGGUUUACUGGACAAUGAAAACUGGAGGAUUAUUUGGAAGAAACGAACACAAUACUUCAAGAAAAAGUCAGCUUUUGAGCCACCAAAAGACUGAAAGGGAGAUUUUCUUCCACAUCUACAUUAAAUCACAAAUAACUAUUUACUCAGAUUUUUAUCAUGUAAACUGUGUUGAACUGGUGGUGGAGGAAUAACUACCAUAAUCUGUGUCUGAAUGUUAAUAACGAAGGUUAUCAAGUCCUGAUUGAUCGUUUCAGUGAAAACUUCUGAACUUUAAUCAGUUUCUGCUCAUUCCAGCUUCAUUUGAAAAUCCUACAGCAACCACAAUCAGAAAACAGAAAAAGGAUUUCAGUACAUCUUUUGUGAAAAUGAGGAGGGUUGAUUUUUGGGGUUAUUUUUAACUUAGCAAACCAAAAUGAAUGACAGUAUAAGUUCAGGGACCAUCUGAUUGUUCUUCCUGUUCUUUGGGAGACACUUUGUAACUCUGAUGAUUUUUUUUAACACAAAGCUUCUUUUUAAACCUGCUGGCAGGUUUUGGUGUUCAGAGCAGUCAUUAAAUUAAGAAAAGUUUACACAAAUUUAGUGAUAUUUUGGAAAACAUUUGAAGGUUUACCAUCUGAAAAUGCUAAACAUUUCAGUGAUACACGGAUUAAAUGUUGAAUUGUAUCUUCUGUUGCCUCUGAAAAAACAACGAAGGAAACUGAAGAAAUCUAAAUCCUGACAAAACGUGAAAAUGUUUGGCGUCACUUUGUCUUUAAGCCAUGAUCCACUUUUCUUCCUUGUUUUUUCUUCUACUGUCCCACAGGGGCUUCCGUAGAUCCCUCUGCUGUCUGAGUUCUAAAUCUAAAACGGAACUUCUUCUGCAUCCUUCACCAAAGACAGAGUUUACAGUUUUUUCCACAGAAUUGGUUGAAGUCAAAGGAUUCAUUUUUGUAGUAAAAUAUCACAAUAUUAUUCUUGGAUUGGGAUAAUCUAGUCAUUCCUCCUGUUUUUAAGGUUUACUGUGAUAAAUUCUGUAGUUUCAGAGCUGCUGGUGGGUUUUGGAGUUCAGAGGAUUCGUUACAUUUUAUCUUUCAGGACUAAAAGGUUUCCAUAAAUCUGACAUGUUUGCUGCUUCCAGACACUCUUUUGUUCACGUCAUCACUUAAUGGUGACAAAUUAUUUGGAACUUUCCAUCUGAACUCUGUAUUUGAAACCUUCCAAAUGUAAAUGUUUUGGUGAUAACAGCUGAUUUAAAUGUUGAAUUAUAUCUUCUGUUGCCUCUGAGACAUAAUAACAGAAACUUAUUAAAAACCAUGUUGAGAAAAAAUGACAA